CUUUAGUCUUAUUCAGCUGCUUGAGGUUGUUGUUUUGAAAAUAAUGAAGAAUUUAUUUAUUGUUUUGUGUUUAACUUAUCUAGUGCAGAUCAAUGCAUUAGAAAAGUCAAAACUAUUUGAGUCACUCGAUACAGUCACCAGUGAGUUAUUACGUGCACAAAGUGAAUUGACUAUAGCUCAUGAUUUCUCAGAAAUGCAGAGUUACAUUAAUCGUAAUAUUGUCGCAUCAUAUAUUGAGCUAAUGAAUGAACAAUUAAUCGAAAGUUUCAUGGAUACUUACAAAAUAAUGGAUGAUAUUGAAGAUGAUGUCGAAGAUAUUUUAGAAGACUUACCAAGUAGUGACUGCGUAAGAAAUGUAAAGAUGCGAUUUGAACUUCAAGCUAAAAGACAUGGAAGUUUCCUUGGCAACUGUAUGCGUAGUUCUCAUAUUGUUCUUGCAAGUUGGAUUACUCAUAUGAAUAAUCUUACUGACACUGCUCAGUUUACAUUAAAUCAGGCUCCAAAUCAAGGAUUAGCAUCUAUUGUCGAACGAUUGAGAAUAGAUAGUUCUGACAGCUUUUAUACUCCAAUUAACCGAAGAUUAAGGCUUCUGCUAACAUCAGUUAGAUUCUAUAUGGACGAAUUUGAGGAAUUCAGAGCUUCACUCGUUGACAAUGAGGAACAAAUUCUUGAAGACUUGACUACAUGCGAUCGUGAACUUGUGGUAAGAUUCAGGCAAGCUGCUGAUUCAGAACUAGAAAGAGCUCGAGCUUGUGCCUAAACAAUUACAAAAUAUUUAUCUUUGAAGUUCCAAUACAGAAUCAUUUGAAAAUUUUGUCAAUAAUCAAUUUAUGGUAAGAGAUAACUUUUAUCUUAUCAAACUUCCUUUCGAUUGCUCACAUUGCUAGUCCGUGAUAACUAUAUUGUUAACUACUAAUGUUGAGGUAGGUCAUGCAUUCCAAUUUUAUUUCAUUUCCUCUUUUAAGUAAAUCUUGUGAAUUGAUGCUUUUAAUUUAAAGAUGAUUCUAGAUAAUUUAAUUUAUCAACUAUUGAACUUCUAAAAUUCAAAAGAUUAAUAAAUUGUAAUUUUUGUUUCCAAUCGAUAAUUUUAUUUUAUAAAUAAUCGUGUAUCAAAUACAACCUUCUU